CCAUUUUGUUUGUUUUAACUCAAUUUUUAAGUCCCUUUGUUUGCGGGUAAUGAACUAAGCGCGAUGCCAUCGAAACUAUUGAAAGUCACACCGCUGGGACCUUUGACCUUCCUCAAAGAGUACAACAAUGCGAUAAGCAUAUCCGUGGAUAAUAUAUGCAAAGUUCCAGUGCUGUUUAGGCUCCAAAGCACCGUCUGGGGCAAGUUCAAAAUGCAUCCCCGUUGGGGCGUCCUGUCGCCCAACGAACACACCCAAUGCCGCAUCACCCUCGUCGGGGGGGUGGAGCUCUCGAAACGCGACCGCGAUCGUGUGAUACUGGUCUGCAUGACGGCCCCCAUUAACUCGGUGGACAUGGACUUUACGUCGGCCUUCUGGCGUCGCAACAUCUGCUACGAUCCGAUGGUGGAGAAGCACUCGAUGAGCUUCCAGCAGUCGAACGAUGGCAAGCAGGAGACUGUCAAGCAUCGCUCGGUCCCCACCUACUGGAGGUAGUCCUUCAGAGGAGAAGGAGAACAAGGAGGAGGAGCACAAAAACCCGUGCGAGUGGCCAUGUCCUGGCAAUUAGCCGCCCCGACUGUCCUGACUCUCCUCCUCCUCCUCCUGGCCGUAAUGGCCGACACAAUGACAAAGUAAUUGGUGGAUUGGUCUAUGUUGUUGAUGGGCCUUCAUUAAAAACUAAGAGCGUGUCUA